UUUUGCGUUCCCUUCGUCACCAGAGGGUAAAAGUGAAACAUAAACAAUGAUACGAGCUGAGAAACGUGCUCGCCAAGGCGUCGCCUGCGCGAUAAAGACUACGUAGAGUUGCACCCGACAUCGCGCGUGCGGAGUUCCCCGGCCAAAGGUAACUGAUACACUACGGACCCGCGACCGACGGCGAAGGGGCAUCAUCCGCGCGGCCGCUGAACGCUCUCAGUGCAUCUCGCGCCUCGGGGACGACUUCGCGGCGACGCGUCGUCCUGCUGACCCAUUGUCAAAGCGUGUGACUUGUCAAUCGCGCCACUCGACAGAGGUGAACGCUCAGAUCCAUUACGUCACCGAGAUCCGGCUCCGAAGGACUUGUCUCGCGCAGCACUGGGAUGCCACAGAUCGUUGGAAGCGAGCAGGAGCGUCUCUCUCUCGGUGGUGUGUGAUCGGCGGCAGCGAGCAUUCUUCCAGCAACAAACAUGACGGCUACGAGAAGUCUUCUGUGGAGGGUUUCGUUUCUCUUCUGUGUCGGGGUUUUCUUCAGCUUAAUGCUGGACUUCUUUCAAGUACAGUACCGCCUAUCGGCGUUCGAGCGCAAUCUCAUCGGAUCUAUCUUCAUGUCUUCGCCCUGGUGGGUCCCCGCCAUAUGUGGCACAGCUGCCGUAUCCGUGGGCCUGCUGUAUCCAUGCCUGGACCACAAGCUUGGCGAGGAGACUAUUCCCCGCCACUGGUCUGACGUCAUGAAAUGCAUCGCGCUCUUCGUAGGGAUCAAUCAAGCCAGCGCUAAAAUUGAGCUGCAGAGUGACUGGCAACCCGCACUGUCUCUAGUGCUCCUGUCGGUGAGCCUGUGGUGGCUGUGCGACCGCACACAAGGCGGCUUUGGCCUCAGCAUCCUCACGGCACUUGUAGCCACCUUGGUGGCCCACUUUCUUGUCUACUACAGGAUUGGAAGGUGUUCCGAGAAGGACCUGGCCUUUGUAAGAUCCUGGCUUCCUUGUGUGUUCUUCUCCGGAGGCAUCACAGUUGGAAACAUUGGCCGGCUGCUUGCACUAGGAGAGUCAUCUGAUGAACUUCUCACAUCCAAGAAACACCAAGAAUGAAGCGCACUGAGUUAUUUCUCGGGACAGCUUUAUUUUUUCCGUACUUUGCCAAGGGUCUACAGUGAAGCACGUGGCACCAACUUGGUGUGCUGAUUGAGAAGUGUGCGAAACCUAGCACUAAGCGAGCAGCUAGCACUGCGCAAGUACUUCUACAAGCAGCACAACUUCCAAGCUCUGUGUCUGUAGGCUCGGUGGAAAAAGAAAAAGCGUGUAUCUGUGAUGCUGACUUUUUACAGACUGUGCGGGGUCGUCGUCGUUCAGAGACUUCUUUCACAUUACCCAACCUGUGUGCGCAAACUGAGUUGCGUUAAGCUGCGCUGUGUGUCGUGUUUCUCCUGGAACUGUGUUGUUUUGUUUUCAUAGGUCUUUUUUUUUGUGCUGCUGCCUAUUUUCAUGUUUAUGCGUGUGCAGUGACCAAAGGGAUUGUCGGGGCAAUGUCCUUGCACCUGUACUUAUUUUUGUUUUGCUUUGCUAUUUUGCACAGUGUGUGCCUAAGACAAGGCGUCGACUGUACUAAGUUUUGCAUACAAAAGGCCUGUACUGUUUAAAUGUCCUGCAGGCUUGUGGGAGAUGAUCUGAAAUGAUGUAGACACCUCUAAAGAUCAAUUUUUCCUGGCUACAGAUUAGCCUGGCUAGUGGCCGACACUUGUGUGCUGGAGACCAGAAACCUAGCAUUUAAAAAACUUUUUUGUUGUUCUCUAGAUAAGCAAGCCUUUCUAUUUUCUUUACUAUAAUGGCAUUUGGGUGCUACAUUUUCUUGUGUGGCCUACAUUUUCAUGCGUGUUAGUGUAUGUUUACUGCCUUUCAUUAAACAUUGUCGCUUGUGUUGUUCACUUCGACAAAAAUUGCUCUGGUAUGUUACAAAGAACUCGCAGUUUUACUUCACUGCUUCUUGUCACCGAAAGCUGACAGCUCUGCUCGGUGAAGUAGACAAAUCCAAGGUGCUUGCCUGCAGUACUAUGUCCAGUGAGCCAGAAGCGAAGAAGGAACAAGUGCAUUAUAGCACUGUACGACUAUGGAGUUUGGCAACAAAUUGAGCUUGUUGGUUGUUUCUAGCACUUAUUGUUACCCUUGGACCUUCUACAGAAUGAGGUUAUGAUCUAUGGGUUGCAGAAUUGCAAAGUAAAUUUCUGUUCAGGGUUCGUGAUGAUCCAACUUCCAUUUUCAAUGCCUCGAGCACUCCAAAACUUUGUGAAGUGCUUAAUAACCCUUGUAUUCGGUUUUUAGCUAAGUUAUACUGUAUUUUCUGUGUUUGUAUGUGUAACACGUUAAGUCAAAGUUUAUCUAAUCUGGUAAUCAGCAUUGUUUCUUGGCUCACUACACUUUCUAUUUCCCCUCUCCUAUACUUGUAUUUAAUGGAAAGAGUUUGUCUGUUUUCAAGUCCCUAAAUGUGGGAGCAUGCUUGUGUAAGUUGACUUUGUGGGCCCACAGGAUCUGCUUUAAGCCCCGUCUUUCAUAUUUGUGGAGUUUAUUUCUACAUUCUUGCUGAAUUUGAUACUGUAGAUGUGACGGCCUCUCAAUGACUGGAAGCCAUAAUUAGUAGUAGUAUAGCAAUAUGUAUGGCCAGGCAUGUAUAUAAGUGCAAUAAUGGGCACUGUUUAGUCGCUUUAAGCAUGCACAGUACCUUCUCUCUCAUGACCUUUGCACAGAAUAAGGAAGCAAUACUUUUACUUAUAUAUACUGAAGUCAUAGGUGGGAACAUUGUACAGCCUUUUCCUGCCUCUGUGUAGUACUAUUUAUCAAAUCUGCAUCAUAGCAGCCUGUUCGUUUUUUUUUUCCUAGUGUUUCUCUCAUUUCAAAGCAGCCCUGUAUAUAAACGAUUGAAUAUACACAUACAGCCCUGCAUCCUGUCCUGGACCUGUGACAGUUGUCUAGAACACAGCGUACAACUUUAAAUUCCACCACUUAGGGUGUAAAGCUCUAUGAUCUGUGAAUUAGUACUAGUGUCCUGAAACUGAUAUCCUAUUAGAUACGAGUGAGCAAUUGACACUGAAGUGUUGUGCUGUAGUAAAUAUGACACUCUCUCGUGUUUCAAUUUGAAUUGUGAAAUUUGAGUUUCUCACUGUUUGCUCAUUUCUUUGUGGCUUGUGGCACCUUAAUGCCGGCCAACUCCAUUAAACUCAUUGAAUUAUUUAUGUGUUCCCCAUAUGUACAGUCGUGUUUCACGACAUUGCCCAAAUGUCAGUGUGACAAGAACAGCUGUAAUAUAUGACAAAUUUCGUCGGCGGCAGUAGAGUGACAUGUUUCUCCAUCUUGUGCCAUAUAUUGAACACAUCUUAGUGCUGCUUUUUUUUCUGUACAAAUAUCAACUACAGUGAAUGCAAUAUGUGCAGGCCUGCAAUGGUCUAAUAAAGUUUGUGUGCCUGUU